AUGAACAGGCACAUGUGGUUACCUUCUCCACAUGUCUCCAAAUCAUUCCGUUGGGUGGGGAGACCCAACAGUACCAACUCCACCCUCUUUCCACUCCACAAUCGAUCCUCCUUCCACGAGGACCUGGAUGUAAACCACACAGGAGAUUUCGAGAGCGACACAGGUUACAAAGAGGAAUCGCAGAGCCAGAUGAUAAAAGGUCUCCUGAUUGUGGCUUAUUUGGUCAUUAUUUGCAUCUCGCUUCUUGGCAAUGUAGUGGUGUGCCAUGUGGUGGUCAAGAACAAGAGGAUGCACUCAGCCACAAGCCUUUUCAUUGUCAGCUUGGCUACAGUUGAUAUCAUGAUCACCCUCCUGAACACGCCCUUCACCCUGGUGCGAUUUGUCAGCAGCACCUGGCCUUUUGGAAAACCGAUGUGCCAUAUAAGUCGCUUUGUCCAGUAUUGCUCCGUCCACAUGUCCGCACUGACCUUUGCUGCCAUUGCUCUGGACCGCCACCAGGUAAUAAUGCAUCCCUUGAAGCCCCGAAUGUCUCUGGUGAACGGAGCGCUGCGCAUCCUGAUCAUCCUGCUGAUGGCCACUUGCUUCUCUCUGCCCUACGCCAUCUACCAGAACCUUGUGAGGCUGCCUUAUGGAAAUAGGACCACCCGGAUGAUGUGCCUUUCCAGAUUCCCUCCUCCGACAGAUCUCUACUGGAAGUACUUGGACUUGGCCACUUUUGUGCUUCUGUAUGUUCUGCCUUUGUCAGUGAUCUCCGUCACUUACAUAUCGGUGGCCAAGAAAGUCUGGAUGAGGAACGCCAUUGGCGAUGUGACCGUGGAUCAGUACUAUGCCCAUCAGCAGAAAAAGAAAAUGACCCUGAAGAUGUUGCUGGUAGUCGUGAUGGUGUUUGGUCUCUGCUGGUUCCCCCUGAAUUGCUACUUGAUCCUCAUGUCCAGCCAAGCCAUCGAUAACAGCGAUAUCCUUUACAUUGCUUUCCAUUGGAUGGCCAUGAGCAGCGCCUGCUACAACCCCUUCAUGUACUGCUGGCUCAACGAAGGUUUCCGCACAGAACUCAGGGCCCUGCUGGGAAUGUGCCGUAAGAAGCCUGCCUCCAGCAAUCAGCCUUUGCAGUCCAUAUCGGCCGAGUUGAGACUCACCUGGGGUGGCAAUUAUUGCUGCAAGCAAGAGGCCCCCACUCGGCAGACAAGGGAGUCGUCUCACAGGAACUCUGCCCAGACAGACACCUCUGUUGUCAAUCUGAUCACAACAGGCAUCAGAAGGAUAUCUCUGGAUCAGAACGUGUCCACCUCUUCAGCCAAGAUGGACGGCUUUGAGAAGGAACACAAAGCCAUGGUGACAUCAGGUGUGAAAGGCUGA